AUGGGCGACGCUCGCCGACGUAGAGGGGCCAAGCGGACCAAGAAUCCCGGGCGUAAGAAAUGCGCGUCCGCGGCCGACGGACGGCGUCGAUUAAUUACUAAUCGAUACCGGUGCAUCGGUGGCGUUCACAAAUGGACGCCGCGCGAGAUUUACGAUCGCAUUACGCGGCGUGACACCGAAGCCGCGUCGUCGCGAAAGGUUAAUUGGUGGCUUGUCGCGCCGAAAAUAGCGGGCCGUUUUUCCUCCGAAUGGCGCAUCACUAGGCCGGCCCAACAUGGCCGCCCGCGACGGCUGCUUAGCGAAAACGCGUCGAACUGUGACGCGCCGCGGCAGCCGUCCGCGCGUUCGGAUAUCGGAACGCUGCUUCGCGCCGAUCGCGAUUCGAAAUUAGAAUGCGCGCCCCGUUCGCUCCUUCGUCUCGGGCCCUCGGACGUUUUAAUGCCUAGAGAGAUGCCCUUGACAGUGGGACGACGGGGCUCUAAUCGCCGACUUACUUCUGACCACCUGAGCUCAGGUGAACGCGCCACGCAGACAUACGUCCCAACAACAGUACGCAUAGCAAUUUUAACCAAUCUGAUGAACAUAGUUGGUACUCGACUGGAGGAG